GUAAAUAGAGAGGCAGCUUGGUAGCUCUUCAAACUUAGCUCAUCUCAAGGUUGUUUUAUUUGUAAUCUAGGACGUAAACGAUGGCGGCUCUAAAAGUUAUAAAAUUAACUUCGGCUUUAAAUGCAUAUCUAAGACCACCAACAAUUCGUUCUGCUCAUCAGCUUGCAACUGCCACUUAUGCACAAACGUUGUUAAAUUUACCAGAAACAAAAGUUACAAGUCUGGAAAAUGGAUUCAAAAUAGCAUCAGAGCAGACUGACUCCCCAACCUGUACAGUUGGUCUUUGGAUUGACGCUGGAAGUCGUUUUGAAACACCACAAACCAAUGGAGUCGCAAACUUCUUUGAACAUAUGGCAUUUAGAGGAACUGCUAAACGAUCUCAAAAAGAUUUAGAUAAUGAAAUUGAGAAUUUGGGAGCUGAAUUCAAUUCUUACACUGGCAGAGAAGAAACUGCUUUUUAUGCCAGAUGUCUGUCAAGUGAUGUUGCAAAAGUUGUAGAUAUAUUGGCUGACAUCACUCAAAAUAGUAAGCUUGAUGAGCAGCAGAUCGAAGAAGAACGAAGUGUCAUUUUAAAAAGUUUAGAUGAAGCUGAAAGUGAUAAGAAAUUGGUUACAAUGGAUUAUUUGCAUCUAACUGCAUAUCAAGGAACCCCUCUAGCACAGUCAGUUUUAGGACCUAGUGAGAAUAUUAAGAAAAUUGCUAAAGAUGAUUUAACAUUUUAUGCUAGAAAUAAUUUUCUUGCACCCCGUAUGGUUUUAGUUGGAUCAGGCAAUAUUAAUCAUGAAGAAUUAGUUAAGUUAGCAGAAAAGCAUUUUAGUUCAGUCUCUUAUACUUAUACCACUGAAAUUCCUGUUGUAAAACCAUGCAGAUACACUGGUAGUGAGAUUCGUGAUAGAGAUGAUUGGAUGCCAUUUGCACAUGUAGCAGUUGCUGUAGAUACAUGCGGCCAUGGUUCACAAGAUAUUUAUCCAUUAAUGCUUGCUAAAACAAUUGUUGGAAAAUGGGACAAAACUUUUGCAUCAAUGAUACAUACUCUAAAUAGACUUGUUCAGAACAUAUAUAAAGAAAAGAGAUGCCAUAGUUUUGAAUCUUUUCAUACAACUUAUCGAGAUGGUGGAUUGUGGGGUAUCUAUUUUGUUAUGGAUGGGAUGAUUCUUGAUGAUUUCAUGUUUAAUUUGCAGAAUGAAUGGAUGAGGCUGUGUAUUAGUGUUUCUGAAACAGAUCUUCAGGUGGCAAAAAAUAUGUUAAGAAGUAAUUUAUUGGAAUCAUUAGAUGGCUCAACCCAGACCUGUGCUGAUAUUGGCAGACAAGUUCUUCACUAUGGAAAAAGAGUACCAUUUGCUGAAGUAGAUGAUAUUAUACAGUCUGUGACACUUACACAAUUUAAAGAUACAUGUAUGAAAUACAUUUAUGACAGAUGUCCUGCAGUUGCAGCUGUCGGACCAGUUGAAGCUAUGACUGACUAUGCAAGAGUUAGAGCUAACAUGUACUGGUUGAGAUAUUAAAAACUUGAUUCUUGCAUAUAAUUGUACUAUGUAGAAAUAAAAUUUAAUAAAUUAAAAAUAGAUAUAACUUUA